AUGGUUGAAUGGAGUUAGUUAGUGUAACCUGUUCAGCACUUUACAAGCGUGUGUGUGCGCAUGUGUGUGUGUGUGGUUUUCAACUGAACCUGUUCUUCCACUUUGCAAGUAUGCCCUAAUAAGGCCCGGGCUCUUGUAGUUGUUGUCAGUGUGACGCACUUCAUCGCUCCAUCUUCAUCCCCUGCAGGUUUUAUCGUUUCUUCUGCAUCUUCGAAAACUAAACAACAUGAAGGAUGACCCGGAGGCGCCGCCGCCGCCCACGCUGGGAGACCCGGCCAUUCAAUGCCGGGACGUUUGCCGCUCGUACGGAAAACUCCAAGUACUCAACAACCUCAACCUCACCGUGCCACAGGGACAAAUAUACAGCCUCCUGGGCCCCAGCGGUUGCGGCAAGACCACCAUGCUAAAAUGCAUCGUGGGAACUCUGAGCCUCUCUCGGGGUUACAUCAGCGUGUUGGGGAAGCCGCCUGCGUUCCCCGGCCACGGCGUGCCGGGCAGGAUGGUGGGCUACAUGCCCCAAGAGCUGGCUUUGUACAACGAGUUCACCAUCAGCAACACGCUCACCUUCUACGGACGAAUCCACGGGCUGACUCUGAGGGAAACCCAGGCCCGUAUUGAUUUUCUCAUUGAGUUCUUGGAUCUGCCGCAGAAGGACCGGCUGGUUCGCAAUCUCAGUGGCGGCCAGAAGCGGAGGGUGUCUUUGGCGGCGGCGCUGCUCCAGAAUCCUGAGCUGCUCAUUCUUGACGAACCCACGGUGGGAGUGGACCCAGUGCUCAGGGCCAAGAUUUGGCAACAUCUGGUGGACAUCGUGAAGACGGGUCAAGUGUCGGUCAUCAUCACCACGCACUACAUCGAGGAAGCCAGACAAGCCAAUGUGGUGGGCCUGAUGAGGAACGGCUGCUUGUUAGCUGAGGGAACUCCUGACGCUGUCAUGAAGCUGCAAAGCUCUACUACUCUGGAGCAUGCCUUCCUGCAGCUAUGCGAGACUUCAGACCAGAUGUGCAUUAAGCGAGUCUCCGGUACCCAAGACGACGUGUUGGGGAACAGCCAAUCAUUUGAAAGUGGGCGGGACGAGAGUAGACCCAUCCUUGCCAACGUGCCCAAAAGCACCGGGGAAAUCGUCAGCCAUUCAGUGGACUGGAAGGUGCGAGUCCGACACGUGAUUCCCAAGUGGAGGAACAUUGUCGCCCUCACCAUUAAAACCCUGCUCCGAAUGAGGAGGAUGCCAGGCUCCUUGUGUUUCCAGUUCCUGCUUCCCGUCAUCCAGAUGUCGCUCAUCUGCUUGUGCGUCGGUGGAGACGCGAAGGGCAUCCAAGUUGCCGUGGUCAACAACGAGACCUCCCCACUUGCUUUCAGCCACUCGCUGCUUUCUUUCUUGGACAAUGACAGUAUGAAGCAGGUCAACUUAUCUUAUGCGGAGGCUUUUAAAGGGAUCCAUGAAGGAAAGUACUGGGGCGUCAUCGGCUUUGGCAAGGACUUCAGCAGCUCCCUAUUUAAUAGGAUGUUACUGAAGAAUGUGUCCAAGGCGGUGAUAGAUGAAGGGUCAGUGCAUGUCUGGCUGGACCAGACUAACAAACAAAUCGCCUUGAUGCUGCAGCAAAAGUUGUACGACGCCUUCCAGGCGUUUGUGAAGAGCAAGCUAGGCGACAUGUCCUACAAGUAUGCCUUGCCCAUAAAGUUUGAAGAAGCCAUUUAUGGCAAACAGAACACAGACUUUACUACAUUCGUCAUGCCGGGCGCUGUUCUCAGCAUCGCCUUCUACUUGGCCUUGGGCCUGACCGCCCUCUCCUUUGUCCUGGAGAGGAAAGAGGGUCUUCUCGACCGAUGCUGGGUUGCAGGUGUGAGCUCAAUGGAGACAAUGCUGGCUCACCUUUUCUCUCAGUUGCUCGUCAUUAGCGUCCAGAUCAUCCUCAUGUUGCUCUUUGUCCUGCUCGUCUUCAAGAUGCCAAACGAAGGCUCCCUGGUUCUCAUCGUGUUGCUGAUCAUACUGCAGGGCAUCACCGGCAUCUCCUUCGGCCUGGUCAUCUCCGCCGCCAUCGAUGACGAGCAGAACGCCAAUCAGGCCGCGCUCGGACUCUUCUACCCUAACCUCAUCAUGAGCGGCAUCAUCUGGCCUGUGGAAUGUAUCCCCUACCCUCUGCGCUACCUCAGCUUGGCCCUGCCCCAAACCUACGCCUCACAAGCAUUGCGAUGCAUCAUGUACAGAGGUUGGGAUCUGACUCACAUGAUGGUUUGGAGAGGCUUCGUUGUCACUCUGGGCUGGAACACGUUCUUCAUCAUUGUGGCAACUCUUAUUUUGAAAUUCAGGAAGUAAACACACACACACACACACACACAUACGCACGAAGAAUGCCUGCAUGUGCUGCCCAUAGAAAAGGACAUUGUAUUGUGUAUGUGAAAGCUUUUACAUCAGGGCUGGCCAAAGUAUUUACGUGAUCCAAAGUCCUGGAAUGUUGUCGCGAUCAAUUAUCAUCUUCUUUAAGUCAUUGAUGUAAUUGAACAAUCGGCUAAUACAUUUAUUGUAAAUCAUAUCGUUGUCGUCGGGCGGAAGCCUCGCAACAACAAAAUCACCAGGAAAAGUCCAUUAAUAAUUUACGAAAAGAGAAAAUCACAAAGUGACUACGCUGUCAUUGAUUGAAACAGUACAGACAUUUUUCGUAAAACAGUACGGACAUUUUUUCGUAAAACAAAUAUACCUAACCCAACUAGUUUGACUUGUUAUGAUCUACUAUCUAAAACUAAACUAUCUACUAUCCUCAAGUCUUGAAAACUCUUGAAAACUAUCUAAAACUAUUUAUAAAACUGUUAUCUACUAUCAAAAACUAAACUACUUAUCUACUAUCUAAAGCUACUAUCUAAAUCUCUAGACAACAUAAUGACACAUAAUGUUAUAUAACAUUAAUAUAUAACAUAUAACAAUGAGGCUGCUAGACCAAUAGUGCAAAAAAUGUGAACUGGACCAUUUUUUGACAGUGCUAUACUGUACAUUUUAUGAAAUAAUUAGGACUAUAAUAAUGAAUCAUUUUAAUUAAUGUCAUUAUAUGAAAAAGUGGUUGAAAUAUUUUUCUCAAAAUAUUUUUACCGUAUAAUUUCUAUGAAUUUAGCCACUUUUGUUAAAAAUAAUAAAAAGGCGUUAUCUUACUCAUUUUUCUCUUAUUCAUUUAUCUCAUCAAACAACUGGCUAUUACGGACAAUAAAAUAAAAUAAAAGUUUAAAAUAAACACUGUUAUAUACUAUACGCAUUUGCAUUUUGCUUUGUCAAAUAACUGGUCAAGA